CAUUCGUUUCAUUCCGCAAUUUCUCAGCUUUGACUCAACGUCUGUAGUUGUGACCCCACACAUUACACUAGCGAUGACAUCGAACAGUACUAGGCGACAUGCUGACGAAGUGCUCUCACAGUCGCAACCAGUACGGGUGCUGCAUUCUCAGUUGUCUUACAGACGCGGUUACUCAAAUCUAGCGUGCUCUCAAACCAACAUUCUCGUUGCCACCAAAAAACCCACUCCAUCGUCAUGCUCUAUAGAAGCCAUUACCGAAAACACAUAUACAAACAAAAGUCAGCCAAAGAGAACGCCUUUACUUUUGGCUCAGCAAUACCACGGACAUUACGCAAUUACCCAUUUGGAAUGGAAUCAGCGUGGUAACUACCUCGCUACUAUUGACGAAACGGGAAGACUGGCUAUUUGGGAACAAUCUUCAACUCGCUCGUGGGCGAAUGUCUACUGUCAUCAUCUACAACAACCAGCUGUAGCAUUUCUAUGGCUCAACAGCGAAAGAUCGUACUCUGCGACUCAAAAUCCAGAAGGGAAUAAGAAAUUUGUUCUGGAUCAGUUUGUAGGACCGCGCAAUCCGUUUGGCCACCUUGCUUUCCUGAUAGUGACGGUCAGUGGCGAAAUUACUGUACAUUAUCAACGCAACUCCAAUAUCUUUUCAUCGUUCUCUACAAGCUUAUUAUGCGCUGGACAGCUGAUGAAACAGAAACAGAGAAAGCAAACAGCACCGUAUACCAUCUUCAAGCAACAAUCAAAAGAAAUCUUGGAUUUCAGUAUGAUUACUGGUAGAUCAUGGAACAAAAUCUCUCAUGCUUCACUUUUACUGAAUACUGAUGGUAAAAUAUACCUGGCUUCUCAUAAUGCCUCGAGUAAGCCCAAAGAAGUGUACUUGACAGAGUUGCAAAUCACCUUUCCAUUAAAGAUAAAGGAGGGCAUCAUAUCGUGCAAGCCGAUAUCGCAAAUCCACCUAACGGCUCCCCUUGUGGACAAGUCACUUCGUAUCCUGCAAGACCCAUUCUCUUCUGUCACUCACUUACUUUUAGUAAAGGGUUUAAGUCAUGUCCGCCUAGCCCUCGCCAUCGGAAAGAUUGAUGACAAUACUACCGAUAUGAUGGGAGAGACACAACCUACGUACAACAGUGCUGUAGCUGUAUGGGAGUUAACAGAGACCAGCAAGCAAAUACCGGCCGAUUUCUUACCCGAAGCUAACCACGGAUCAAGCUUUGCAACACCAGGACGAAAUGCACUUAAACUAGCAUAUGGCCACUCUGUCCCGGAUCGUCUCAUCACAGUAUUGAAAGCGGCAGAUGCCAACAGAGAUUUGGUAGUUGGGUUCAGCGACGGCAGUAUACAAAUGGAAUACAGAGACAGCGCAACACUGGGAGUAUCCAAAUCGAAUGAGGAUUGGACCUCGAGUAACGAUGAUAUCAGUAUCAUUGGAUCCAGUUUUUGGGAGAUUACUGGCGUACAUCAGUUUGACGAUGGUGUGGAUGAUCCUGUUCGAGACAUAGUAACAUCUGCCAAUGAAACGCACUUGAUUUACAUGUUCUCAUCGGGCAAAUUGGGAUCACGAAGAAUAACGAGCGACCAGUUAAUUGAAUCGACACCGGAUAUACGCGGGACGAAGGAGUCAUUGACUCAGUUACUUGUGUUGGGUCUUUUGAACCAUGUCGAUUGCUCUGAUCUGUUUACAGAGGCUGCUCGACUUAUCAAGGAAAAUAAUAUAAAUGAUUUUGCGGACCAACUUGUUCAAGACAUUUUGAUACAGUAUGAGCAUAUUUAUGAUUUUGAUACCUCGGACCUGGAAAUCAAAUCGGAGGAUGGCGAACAGAGGAAGGAUACAACACUUCCAGAAAUGUGGGCGAGCACGCAGCUGGUGCAACUGUUCACCUUCCUGAUUUCAAUAUAUAGAACUACAAAUUCAAAGAGGAUACAAUGUCGCAAUUUAUUUGAUUCCAUACAGCUGCAUGCUAUUCUAGAAUGCUUAAUGAGUAGCUGUAUAUCUGAUUAUGAUGCCAUAUCUCGGUUGUUUGCCCUGAAGGAUGUCACGAAAGUACAAGACAUCAAUUUGGAGUUCGAUAUAGCAACUCUGUGGCCAUUGGUUCCUUUAUCAUCUUGGGUCAUGGAUUAUAUUGUAACGGUCAUGCAGGCGUGGUCUCUAUUGUUUAACCGUAAGGUUGCAAAUGGCAAUGCCGUGGAACGAGCAACAACUACACCAAAUCCAACCGCCAUAUUGUUGCAUCCGGAGUCACGAGAAUGCAUUCGCAGGCUACUGUUGUUGAUUGAUCGAUAUGCGUCAUUUGUCAGUAACACAACCUUAGCUCCACCUAAUAAGCCAGUUCUAGAAGGCUACAUCAAAAGCAUAUUGGAAGACAACGCUAUCUCUAUAAAGGCGAUGGUGGAGUUCCUUUUCGAUCUGGAUGACGUUGAUAAAUCUGGGAAACCGCAGACAGAUGCAUCAACAUUCAGCCUACUUACCAAGCCCAUGCUACCCAAAGAUAAACUACAAGCCCUACAAGAGUUGACGACAAAGCACAAGCGGACGUGCACUUCGCCGUCUUUCUUUUUACUUGGCGAAAUGAACGUUAUAAAUCCCAUGUAUGCUACACAGCAGCACACAGCUGUAACAAACGCAUAUGGUAUACGCCGAUGUAUAAGAUGCUAUCAAAGCUCAAUGUCGGAAAUAACGCAAGCUAGUGUGGGAGACCUGGGCAUGGCUAUGCCAACUCCGUGGCAGCAAAGCCUGAUCAGAUUUUGCCUCUGUGAGGAAGCGUUUAUUUGAGUUUCUUCCGAUAUAUGACUCAACGGGGUACUGCAUCCAAGUAAACAUACUGCCAUCCCCAUUUUGAAGUCUAGCGAAUAGGAAUAAAGUCACCAUUUCGGGCCGAUGAUUUUAGCGCUGCCAGUCAGACCAUGUUGAUUUGUCCCCCGUAUAAGGGAAGCA